AGCGUCAACUUCAGAAGACACACUGACAGACCCCUACAAUGGCGACGUCACCAAGUGAGUCCGUCUCAGGCCACAAGCGGAGCAUCUUCACAUCUCCCAAGCCGCACGCCUCAUCAGCCGCCUCCACACCCACACCCAAAGAGCAAACCCCAGACAGGAGCAACUCGACCCCCCCUGCCAGCCGGCUGCGCUCCGGAGGGGGGUUCCGCGCGCUGGCCAGGGGGAUCAUGAAGAUGCAGUCCCUGGCGUCCGGCACGGCGGCGCUGCGGCUCAAAAGGAGAGACUCCGUCACGUCAGUGGACUCCGCAAAGUCUUCUGUCGCGAGUAGUUCCAAAACUGCGCAUCACCCGACAACACAUCGGCACCAUGGACACCACGGGCACCACAGGAGGGGCAAGCGGCACCACCAUUCGUCAUCAGAAGCUGCGUCGGUGGCCGGCAGCGUGCUCGGUUCCGACACGAAGAGGGGGAAACUGCCGCUGUGGCCAGAGUGGAACGACAAUGAUGUCAACUCGGAGAAAUGGGACGCAUCGCACAAGGGCAAGGACAAGGAGAAGGGCAAGAGCCCAAGUUUGCAUUUCUUUGAGGACCCCGAAGGAAAAGUGGACCUGCCCAUUUCCUUACGGGACAGAGUGAAGGAGUGGAAGAGACCAUUUGAGCUGGUGGGGGAGGGCAAGUCUGCAACUGUGGUAGAAAAAGAAGAUGGCUUUGACCUGGUGGCAAACAGUGCGCAUCUACACGACAGUGAGCUGAUGCGAUGGGUGAUCAGCCAGAUCAUGGCCCUGUGGAAAAUGACAGAGAACACGAACAAGCCGACGGACGCAGGCAGCCGAGCGGACGCUACCGUCCCCGACGGUCGCUCGUGGCGACCCUGGGACCACAUCUACUCCCUCUGCAAGGCUGGGAAGGGACCACACCAGCCGCUGUACAACGCACAUGGCAAAUAUGUCAUCAAGCUCUACUGGAUGGGCUGUUGGCGUAAGCUGAUUGUUGAUGACACAUUACCGUUUGAUGCGGAGGGGAACCUACUGCUGCCAUCCACCACUAUCCUGGGGGAGCUGUGGCCUAUGCUGCUUACCAAGGCUAUCAUCAAAAUAGUCUCACUCGACUACAACGGAGGCCUUCAGUCCUGUGAGUUUGGUGAGGCCAGCAUCAUCCACUGUCUGACGGGCUGGCUGCCGGAGACCAUCCCACUACAAUACGGGCACCAGGACAAGGUGUGGCUGUUGCUGAAAGACGUUCUCCCAGAAUUCACGCUCCCGGAGCCACCGCCCCCCGCAGAGCCGGUCGGGCAGCAGCAAGACCCCGGCACCAGCGCUGCUUCCGUUGACACCGCCAUAGCGCCCAGCCGGAAAGAGACACGUCAGGAAUCAGAAGCUCUGUCGAGGGUGGACAGUGUGAGGAAGGAGGAUCCAAAGAGCGGCCAGACCAGCAAAGCUGAGAAAGCAGAGAAGGGAGGAAAAGAGCCAAAGGAGGACAAGAAAAAGAAAGAAGGUGAAGGGAAGGAUCGGGAGAAAAGUAAGUCAGCGGGUCGAUCGCAUUCCGCUGUUCACUCCGCCAAAGCCACUGAUGCGGACAAUGCCAAUGCACAGGCCUCAGGGCCAGUUGUGCCUGAGAAACCAGAGAUCCUGGUGUUUGUGACAUACACACAUCCGCCCAAGGUGCCACGUGUCUCUGCACUGGGGGAAAUGGCGGAUGCGUCGGAGAAGCUACGCCAGUCUGGCCUGUCUCACAUCCACCCCCACCCCCUGCUGCUGACCCAGACCCGAUCCUGCCCCCUGGUCGCACCCCCUCCUCCUGUUGUCGUGCCUAAAUGGAAAACCAUCCGGCAGAAGAAGAAGAAAUCCCUGCCGACAGACGAACCACAAGAACCACAAGAGAAGAAACCAGAGCAGUUCAUCGAAGUCUGUUCCCCCUACAUCAACUACAAAGUCAGCCCAAUCCCCAUCCCCAGUGAUACCCACCGUCCCAAGUCCAUGCUCCGUAGAGGCGACACCCGCCCCAGCACCGCCAGCAUGCCGGAGGUGAACGAGGACGAUGAAAAUGCUCCAGACAAACCGGAGCAGGCAGUAAUGAAGGAACAGGAACCUCCUAAACCUGAGCCAGAACCAGAGAAGCCUGCCCCUGCGCCUGCCAAACCUGAACCUUCACCAGCAGAGAAGAAGGGAGGGAAAGAGAAGGAAAAAGAGAAGAGGCCGCUGAGUCGCGCAUCAAGUAACCUGAAUAAAGAGGAGGAUGCCAAGAGUCGUAAAGGAAGUGCGUCAACCUCCAAGUCUAAGGAGGCAGAGAAGGACAAAGCCUUGAGUGCCAGCUCUGGGAGUAAGGCAGGCAAGGCAAAAGAUGAGAAGACGGAGGACACCACAGUGUUUGACUCAGAGGUUGCUAACGGCGACACGGCUGAGGGAGAAGGGGAGGAUGGCCCGCCCGUGGAGGAGUCUCCGGCUCAGGACCAGCCUCCGCCACUCAAGGACGCAUGGAUGGACUUUGAUGACUUCUGCAAAUGCUUCAAAACUCUGUACCUGUUCCACAAGCCCAACACGUACCUGUGUAACCGCACGGUAACCGACAUCAAGGUGGGUCAAGGGUCAGAUAUAAAGAGAGAGUCCUCCCCCACUAAGAAGUCGGGGUUGCAGACCCCCGCGGCUGCCCAGCAGUCCACCAUCGCCGCCAACACCCCCAAGGGAGGGGCCAGUCCGGCUCCGCAGCACUCUGUAGUGCAGAUGAUAGAGGACCAGACGCCAUACUACCUGUUUGUGGACAACCUUCAGCCCACUGAGAUCGUGGUCAGCUUCUCUUCGCUGUCCUUCUGGCGCGAGCAGCCAACGCCUGACCGCUCCUCCCUCACCAACAUCAAGGAGAGGGAUGAGAAGAAACCGGAUGACAGCACGGCAGCGAGCGUUGCCGAGGCAGCCAGCACGGGCUCCGUGAACAAGGAGCAGCGAAUCGUCCCGCCCGGCCUGCUCGUGGCGGAACCGUACUCGUGGAAGAGCCUGGUUACCGGGCAACCGGUGCUGCGGAUACGGUCAACGGCGACGCGGGCAGCUGUACUCACUCUGCCUGAAGGACGCCAUGUUCUGCGGUUUAUCGUGUCAGCUCCACUGGGAUUCCACAUCCACCUGUGCUCCACGGUGCAGUUUGUGUUUGGAGAGGAGGAACAAGUCAUGCCACAUCUUACAAAGGAGAGCUGCAGGUUUGUUGACCAGGCUGUCUCCUUGAUGCAAGCGCUGGGCAGCAUCAUCCAGUGCUUCAACGACCCGGUCGGCCUGGAGGAGGCUAGGAGGAGUCUGGUGAAGGCACACUGUCCCUACCAACCUGACAACACAGCUGCUAGUCUACGGCACUUUCAGUCUCAGGCACUUUCAGGGGGGAGGGAGAGAGAGAUGGAGGAGGCUAGGAGGAGCCUGGUAAAGGCUCACUGUCCAUACCAACCUGACAACACAGCGGCCAGUCUCAGGCACUUUCAGCUAUUCUACCAGGCUCUGUACGCAGCUUUCCGUACUGCGCUGGAAGGUCAGGUGACCCCGGAGAUCAGCUUUGCGUUCCGUGCACUGAACAUGGACGCCACCACGCGGGAAAUCCUCGGCCCUGCACAGGCUAGGACAGGGCACAGCUACAGGUCCGCCACGCGUAUGUCCAUGGGCAGUAGUAGCCUGGGGUCAGGGCGAGCAAAGUCCCCGCGCGGUCGGAACCGGCAGCACCUCCCCGGCUUCAGAUUUGACUCCAAAGAGGGAGCAAAGGAUGUCCCUGAGGCCUGGAAUAACAGGGAGGCGACCCCAGAAGAGCACGAGGCGAUGACAAAGAUCCAGUCCCACUGGAGGGGAACGUACGUGCGCAAACUCAAGAGGGCACAGACUCCUGGUACGGAUGAGAACUCCAAGGCCAGAGAAGAGCUGCAGAAAGCCUGGGCCAUUCUGGAGCCAAACCUGGAGACCAUCGGACUCACCCUGCUCAAGGACAUGUUUAAGCAGGACCCAGAGUUGAUGACCCGCUACCCCUUCCACCAGGACGAGUGGAACAAGAUCUCGUACGCUGACUAUCAGGGCACCUUCGCUGAUCAGCCUGCCCAGACCUGGUUUGUCGUAUUCAGAGAUGUUUUCUAUGUGGAUGAGGAAUCGUUGGUGGUGCCCAAGUUGUACACCCCAGUGACCACCUGUAUGCUGAGGGUGGUGAAUAACGACACUCGCGAGGAUGUACCGAGAGUCUUCCAGCGGGUCGCACCACACGUCUACAAGAAAAACAAGACUGGCUAUACCUUUGUGGCAGAGGCACGGGCGGGAGACCUACCGUUGCCUGGCAACAAGUGGCGGAUGCGCCUGAUUGGCUCGUCCAGUCCACUGCCCGCUCCACUGAAGGAGACCCUGACGACAAACUUCGCAGUUAAGGAGCUGAGAGAUUACUACAUGCCUAAUAAGGACUGUAUCAUGUUCAGGUAUGCAGUGAAAGUGACGGCUGAUCACCUGGUGACCUUGCAGCUGUCGACCUCCAAACCUGACGUGUACAUCCAGCUGCAGGUGCUGGACCAUGAGGAGGAGGUCGUGUCAACCCAGGGCAAAGGUCACGCCGUCAUCCCCGCCUUCGUGUUCCAGAAGGACUGGCAGCCCGAGGACAGGCCGAGCAGUAGGCAAUCCCAAACAGCAGCGGCCCCAUCCGGACCCAUGAAGAAGGCCACCAGUAAGGAGAGUGUGGCAGCGGACAAGAAGAAACGCACCAGCUCAGCCGGGAGCCGCUCUUCGCGUGGCAGCCGACAUGCGUCUCCAGUGAGGAGUGAAGAUGAUACGGAAGUAAACAGAAAGCCGCACAAGUACAUUCUGCAGGCCAUAGUCCUGAGGAAGAGCUGGCCUCUCUCCACCAGUCAGUGGGCCUUCGUCAACCAGCUCAAGGAACUGGAGAAAACAGAACUCAAGAAGCCGGCAGACUUGGAGUCAGCGGUCAGGUCAGAGGUCAGGUCAUCAUGUAGGUCUGCCUCCAGCAGAGACGCUAUCCCAGGGAAGGACAGGUCCGUGUCUCCUCCUCGGAGUGAGAAGUCGGUGGCAACCAAGGCUGGAGGGAAGAAGGGGAAGGACAAGGACAAGGGGAAGGGAGACAAGGGCGAGAAGGCAGCAUCGAGACCUCCGUCUGUGCAAUUUGACACCAACAAGCCAUACUGGAUGCUGAGGCUCGUGAGUGACGGCACGGCUGCUGAGGAGCUGGAAGUAAAGAAGGACACAGAACGCCAGGAGGAGAUCAAAGCCAUGAAGCAGGCCUGGGAAGCCGCCGAGCCCGGCCGUGCAGUGAAAGCCAUGCAGUCCCGGCUACAGUUCCUCAACAAGCGAAGGAAAACGGGCGGAGCCACGGAUAAGGAGAAUGUGGCAGAGGAGGAGGCAGCGGGGAGCGUCAUCACCACGGAUGCUGCAAGUGAAGUUACAGCCCAGUCCCGUACAACCCCAGUUCCUUCAGAGAUUGAUCAGCCGGUUGUCAGCGAGGUUUUCUCUGUCGAGCCACCCAGGCCCCCAACGCCAAAGGAUGCCAUCCAACCAGUGGAUAGGACUCCGUUCAUUAAAAAAGCGACCGGACCUCCCAAGCUGAUAGAUGAGGAGGAGAUGGUCCGGAGGCAGCAGGAGCGGAUGGAGGAGAUCCGGAGGUUCCGGGCGUUCCGCGAGGACGUGCUGGAGCGCCGGGAGGCGGACAGGCUGGAGAGGAACCGGCUCAAGGAGAGGCAGCUGCAGGAGUGCGAGGAGAUGCAGGCCGCCCUGGACCGAGCCCGUAACGCCAUCAACACCCCGCGGGAAGCCUACCGACAGAAGUUCCUGGAAGUCGAGAGGAGAAAGCGGGAGGCAGAAGAAGCCGCAGAAGCCGCCAAGAUGGCAGAGAUGGAGAAAUCACCGUCUCCGAAGGGCAAGAGCGAGAAAGGGAAGAGCGCUGGCAAAAAGGGGAAGAAAUAAUUAAAUUUGUAACCUCCAUUAAUAUUUAUCCACCAGGUUAAUACACAUACUGUAAUUCCUGAUUUUUUCAAUGUACUUUUCUGUUCACAGUUUAACGGUGACAACUGUAAUUUGAACUUAUCGCUACCGAUAACAAAUAAUUUGUCUUGGCGAUGAUAACAAAUAAUUCGUUCACUGUGAACAUUUAGUUCCGAGAACAACAUAAAUUUUCUAAGACCGUGAAAGUUUGGUACAGAGAAGACAAAGUGAAUUACAGUAUAUUGGCCACUUUGAAAAACAGCAUGAUUUAAAUUUUUUCAGUGCAGAAACCCUCACGU